UGCCGAGGUCAAGAGUAAGCUUGCAGGGAAGUAUGACAACCAGAAGGAAGAGGAGCUGAGGCUGUGGAUUCAGGAUGUGACGGGCAAAAGGAUCGGCGACUGCUUCAUGGAGAGUCUGAAGGAUGGAGUCCUGUUGUGCGAACUCAUUAAUGUUCUCCAGCCAGGCUCUGUGAAAAAGAUCAACAACUCCACUCAAAACUGGCACCAGCUGGAAAACAUAGGGAACUUUGUCCGUGCAAUCACCGAGUACGGCCUGAAGCCACAUGACCUCUUCGAGGCCAACGAUCUGUUUGAGAAUGUCAACCACACUCAGGUCCAGAGCACACUCAUCGCUCUGGCUGGAAUGGCCAAGUCCAAAGGUUUCCACUCCAAGUACGACAUAGGAGUGAAGUAUGCCGAGAAACAGCAGCGCCGCUUCGCUCCAGAGAAGCUCAGGGAGGGACGUAACAUCAUCGGCCUGCAGAUGGGCACCAACAAGCUCGCCAGCCAAAAGGGCAUGACAUCUUAUGGCACACGACGCCAUCUGUACGACUCCAAGAUGGCCAUGGACAACCCACUGGACCAGUCUACUAUCAGCCUACAGAUGGGAACCAACAAGGGAGCCAGCCAGGCUGGCAUGACAGCCCCGGGAACCAGGAGGCACAUCUUUGACAAGAAGCUGGAGCUGGAGAACUGUGACACCACCACCAUCUCCCUGCAGAUGGGCACCAACAAAGUGGCCUCCCAGCAGGGCAUGACCACCUACGGCCUUCCCCGCCAGGUAUUCGACAACAAGUACUGCACCAACCCCACUGAGGCCUACUUCAACAACGGCAGCGAGGCAGAGUUUGACGGCUAUAACCAGUACUCUGACUAAGGAAGUCACGGACAGCCUCACCUCCGGCCCCCCCUUCUCCCUCCUCUCUGCUUAACUUCAGACAACCAAACACAACUGUCUAUGUGACGAGCGAACCUUCCAGACUGUUAUUUAACACUGAUUGACGUCACUGUCAUCUUCAUUCCCCAGCUUUUUCUAAACAUACUUUUACUCUUAGGAAUUUACUGUUUGUCUUUCCAUGAGUAAAAGAAAAGAAAAAUAGUGUUUACACUGACCAUACGUCAAAAAUGUCAUGCAAUGGCCGACUUCUGUAUCUCAUCGCUCUUAAUUUUAUCACCGCUAAAAAUACCCACACAGAUUUAAUGACCUUCGCUAUUUAUACUUUUUUUUUUCCUACGGCUUUUUAUACUUGCAUUGUAAUUAGAGGUUUACAAAUAUUUAUACUCUUUGCUCCACCUCCCUCCCCUUCCAGUACAACACUGACCAAGCAGAAUUUGUAGGUUCCUUUAAAGAAAACAGGUGAUCGUGUUGGUGCUAUUGAACCUUGACCCAGUUGGAAAACGUCCGUGUCCACAUUGGAGCUCCCCACGGAUUCGACUCCUUGGGAUGACACAGAAGAAGGUCCACAGGCUGUCGGAGGGCGGACAAUGCAGGAGGACUUGUAGAUGCGUGCAGACUUUGCUUUGUUUUGUGAGCACCUGCGCUGGCAAAUGGUCAUGUUCACAAGCUCGCCAAAUUACCCAUCACACCAUUUUAACAGGGCUUAUUUACAUGGCUUGUGUGCAGCACAAGUGUAAUAUUCGCAUCUUGAGGAAGUAUUUAGAAAAAGUAGAGGGGUCUGUCAGGCACUGCUUUUAAAAAGAGCAAAUGUGUCGAGUUAUCUAGAUUGAAGCUCGGGUAAAAUGAGUCACCAGUAGCUUAUGUCCUGUUGUUUUUAUUUUCCAGCCCUUGCCUCAGUGAUCUUUGGCUUCAAUGCUGUCGCUCCAUUUGCACUUUACCUGGCUUCACCUUGUGUGCAGUAGAGAAUGGUGGAAUGUCACUCAGUACAUUUACUCAAAUAUUGGCGAUUAACAUUUUAAGUAUGAAUUGAAGGUACUUCCCGUUUAAUGCCACUGUAUACUUCGACUGCACUGUAAUUCAGAUGGUAACAUUGUACUUUUUACUCCACUGCACUUAUAGUUAGUUUUACAAAACAAGAUUUUCUGCGGUCCGUAGUUUUGUUUUCAUACUUUUCAUUCUUCAACUUGAAGGUCCCAUAUUAUGCUCAUUUUCAAGUCCAUACUUUUAUUUUGGGUGUCUUCUAAAAAAAUUUUUUUUUUUAUGCUUGUGUUUAAAAAACACGUAAUCAUACUGUCCAUCGCAGCAACACCCUUGUUCACCCUCUGUUUGAACUGUCUGUUAAAGUACCUGUCUCUUUAAGGCCCAGCUCCCGAAAAUCGCUGUCUGCCCUGAUUUGUCAGCUUUUACAAGCCUAAGCAAGCACCGCCCACCAUGUUUCUCCAUUUGCUUUGCCAGAGAUUUUGCUUUCAGCUGAGGCCUCAGCUGUAUAGUUGUGACAACCUUACAAAAUUCCUUAUGGCUCAUUUAUAGACACAGUUUAUGAGGACAGGCUGUGUGCAUGUUUUCCUGUGGAUUGGGCAUUUUUGAUAUUUCACAGUAUGUAUAGAGCAUCUAAACCUGUUUUGUAAUAAAUAUAUUUUAAAAAUCUGACUUUCUACAAUAUGGGACCUUUAACUUUAAAUGCAGGACUUUUACUUGUAAUAGAGCAUUUUUUACAUAUCGGUAGUUCUCCUCAUGUAAAGUAUCUGAGUACUUAAUCCACCGCUGUCAGUAAAUGGCUGGCGCCCGCUGAUAGUUGCUAAGUGAUUCAUGCUAAAUAUAGACAUGAGACUUAUGCAUCAUACUGUUAACCCACCGAUUGUCUUGAAUGUAAUGUUACUGUGAGGUCAGAGGUGUCACUAGCUGUUACAGGGCUCAUUUCAACACAUUAGAAGCCUCAGGCACUUGUGGUCCGGUGUGACACUUGGAAAAACCUUUGCAUUUCUUAAAAUAUAUUCUGAUUCAGAGGCUCUGCAUUAUUGUCAGGAUUCAUGUUUGUGUUUCAUGCGCUGAAUGGGCCAACAGAUUUUAGCGCUUGAACUGUUCAUUGUCACCCAGGAGCAACGGCACCUCAGCCAUGAUUUAGAACAUGUAGCAGUGUGCCAUCUAGUGGGGGGGAAAGCACACAAUAUUUACUGCAUCUUCAAUCCAUCAAUUUUCUUAACAUUAAUUAAAUGAAAUGUGGGAAUGCUGUGGUUUAUUUUUUUAUUUUCAAUUUCUUCCCUGUGAUAUCCAGAAUAGAACACAAUGUUGAGUAAAUGUAUGGAAACAUUUCACCGUAAUGUGUUUGCUUUGUUUCAACAUUGUUCAAACUUUGCAUCUUUGCUAACCUUGAUUUGUUUUUUUCUUUUUCAUUUCUGUAUGCCUUUCACUAAACAUGACAUUUGUGCAAUAAAAAACACUUUAAAAAA